GCCAGGGACGCUGGACACUCGGCCAGGGCCCUGGGGCCUGCGGAGGCACCAGCGGGCCCCGUGAGGGCGACCUGAGCCCCCGGGCCGGGAGGGGGCCAUGGUGCAGCUCUGCCGACAUGUCAGCCGAGGGGCGGCUGCAGCGGCUCCGGCAGCUGGUGCUGGACCCCGGUUUCCUGGGGCUGGAGCCUCUGCUGGACCUUCUCCUGGGCGUCCACCAGGAGCUCGGCGCCUCCCAGCUAGCCCAGGACAAGUACAUGGUCGACUUCUUGCAGUGGGUGGAGCCCAUCGCGGCGAGGCUUAAGGAGGCGCGACUGCGGCGGGAUGACUUUGAGAUCCUGAAGGUGAUCGGACGCGGGGCGUUCAGCGAGGUGGCGGUGGUGAAGAUGAAACAGACCGGUCAAGUGUUUGCCAUGAAGAUCAUGAAUAAGUGGGACUUGCUGAAGAGAGGCGAGGUGUCAUGUUUUCGGGAAGAGAGGGACGUGUUGGUGAACGGGGACCGGCGCUGGAUCACACAGCUGCACUUUGCCUUCCAGGAUGAGAACUACCUGUACCUGGUCAUGGAGUACUACGUGGGCGGGGACCUGCUCACGCUGCUGAGCAAGUUUGGGGAGCGGAUCCCGGCCGAGAUGGCGCGCUUCUACCUGGCCGAGAUAGUCAUGGCCAUCGACUCGGUGCACCAGCUGGGCUACGUGCAUAGGGACAUCAAACCUGACAACAUCCUGCUGGAUCGCUGUGGCCACAUCCGCCUGGCCGACUUCGGCUCCUGCCUCAAGUUGCAAGAGGAUGGAACGGUGCGGUCACUGGUGGCUGUGGGCACCCCAGACUACUUGUCCCCCGAGAUCCUUCAGGCCGUGGGCGGAGGCCCCGGCCCGGGCAGCUACGGGCCCGAGUGCGACUGGUGGGCGCUAGGCGUGUUCGCCUACGAAAUGUUCUACGGUCAGACGCCCUUCUACGCCGACUCCACGGCCGAGACCUACGGCAAGAUCGUGCACUACAAGGAGCACCUGUGUGUGCCACGGGAGGACUCGGGGGUCCCGGAGGAGGCUCGCGAUCUCAUCCUGCGGCUACUGUGCCCCCCGGAGGUGCGGCUGGGCCGGAACGGAGCGGCCGAUUUCCGCAAGCACCCCUUUUUCCAUGGCCUCGACUGGGAGCGGCUCCGGGACAGCGUGCCCCCCUUUGCGCCAGAUUUCGAGGGCGCGACGGACACAUGUAACUUCGAUUUGGUGGAGGACGGGCUCACUGCCAUGGUGAGCGGGGGCGGGGAGACGCUGUCAGACAUGCAGGCGAGCAUGCCGCUCGGAGUCCACCUGCCAUUCGUGGGCUUCUCCUAUUCGUGCAUGGCUCACAGGGAUGCUGAGGUCCAGGUCCACACGCCCAUGGAGUUGGAGGCUGAGCCCGAGCCUGAACCUGAACCUGAACCUGCUCCUGCUCCCAGCCUGGGGCCUCCUGCAACAGAGAUCACUCCAGAGGUGACACAGGCCAGCACCAAACCUGGGCCCCAUGUACAGGCUACAUCAGCAGUCCCGGAAGCCAUCGUGGCUCAGGCUAUCCCGGUAGCGGCUGUGCCCGCAGAGGCCAUGGCGGAGGCCUUCCCGGCAGCGGCCAUCCCCAUGGUGGCCGUGGCAGAGGCUGUGCCAGCCGUCGCUAUGGCAGAGGCGGCGGUGGCGGAGGCCGAGGUGACCCUGCGCGAGCUCCAGGAGGCCUUGGAGGAGGAGAUGUUGACCAGACAGAGCCUGAGUCGGGAGCUGGAGGCCAUCCGCGCCGCCAAUCGCAACUUUGCCAGUCAACUCCAGGAGGCCCAGGCCCGCAACCGGGACCUGGAGGCGCUGGUGCGGCAGCUGCAGGAGCGGAUGGAAUUGCUGCAGGCCCCGGGAGCAGCAGCUGUCACGGGGGUCCCCCCACCCCGGGCCACGGAUCCACCUUCCCAUCUAGAUGGCCCCCCGGCCGUGGCUCUGGGCCAGUGCCCGCUGGUGGGGCCAGGCCCCCUGCACCGCCGCCACCUGCUGCUCCCUGCCAGGGUCCCUGAGCUGGGCCUACCGGAGGCGCCUUCCCUGCUCCUGUUCGCCGCUGCUCUGGCUGCUCCCGCCACCCUGGGCUGCCCUGGGCUGGUGGCCUCCACCGGCCAACUCGCCCCGGUCCGGCACCCCCCGGGAGCCGUCUUCGUCCCCUGAACCCUGAAUAAGCCCAGUUUGUCCUCGACUCCGCGAUCCGCCGGGGGGAUGGCUGACCCGGCCACGGCUCUCCGGUCCCUGCUGACGCCCAGUGAUCCGGGCCUGCCUCCCUGGCGGCCGGGGAGGGUAGAGCCGGGCUCUCAGCCGGAGAAAGGGGUUUCAAGGGCGGCUUGAAACUGAGAUCGCUGCUACAGCUGGGAGAAUCGCGCGAUUCCUUCUUUUCUACAUCACGGCGGGGAGGUCCUGCCUGCCGUGCCAGGGCGAGAGGUCUAGAAGAGACAGACCAGGGCUCGGCCUGCCCGUCCUCCACCCUCCAUGCAACAGCCCGCACGUCCACGGAUUUCUUUUGUAUGAAGGCUCUGCUCACCCGGGAGAUCGUGCUCUUGUCUGGCGCGAGCUCAGCCUGCUUUCUUAAAAGGCUUUUUGUUUUGUUUUGCUUUUGUUUUGGGGUCACACUGGCAGCGCUCAGGGUUUCCUCCUGGCUCUGCACUCAGAAAUCGCUCCUGGCAGGCUCAAGGGGGGGGGAACCCUGUGGGAUGCCGGGAUCCGAACCACCGUCCUUCUGCAUGCAAGGCAAACGCCCUACCUUCAAGCUAUCUCUCCGGCCCCUUGGAAGGCUUUAUUUUAUUUGUUGCCUGCCCCGCUUUUUCGGGGACCCCGCACCCCCAUACGCCUUCCUCACAUGCCCUGCUCUCCCUCCCGCCUUGCCAAUUUGGAUAUUUAUUAACCUGUCCUCUGAACUCGCAGACAGGCUCCUGGCCAGGAAGGACCCCGGCACCCUAAAAACAAACACACGUUUUUUGAUUGCACUGAGAUCCCCCCACCCCGACAUUCCUCGGUAUUUAUUGUCUCUCCCCACCUCGUCCCCCACCCCCGACCCUCGCCAAUAAAACGCCCAGCUUUGGUCCAGGGG